AUGCGGCGACCUCGUCCCGCCUUCCUCACCCUCGCCCUCGCCGCUCUCGUCUCGGCAUCGCCAUACCCAAGAAGCGAGUGGUACGAUGCCGGCUUCUCCCUGCUCGUCCGUCGCGGAUGCUCCGCCUACUGCGGCGCCGACAGUCAGUUCUGCUGCAACGCCAACGAGGUCUGCACGACGCUCGCGAACAAUGUGGCCACCUGCGUCGGCGCCGGCUACGGUCCCUACACCACCACCUGGACCGAGACGAGGACCUUUACGAGCACCUACAUGACAAACUGGAACCCCGCGCCGCUGCCCACGGCCGGCGUCGACUGCGUGCCCCAGGGUGCCGAGCAGGAGGCCUGCGGCUCCAUCUGCUGCGCCGGAUGGCAAACCUGCGCCUUCAAGGGCCAGUGCUCCAUCCGACCUGGCUACGCCGAACCCAGCGCCGUCAUAGUCACCCACGACGGCCAGAUUGCCACCCGCUACUCGGCCCCCUUUCGCGUCACCGGCACCACCACCGUCAUCGGGAGAGGUCCCAGCACGGCGACGGCGACGAGCACCGGCGACGGCACCGCCGUUGGUGCCGACGGCGGCAGCAAUCGCCGAGCUCUCAGCCCAGGUGCCAUCGCCGGCAUCGUCAUCGGCACCCUCGCCGGCAUCGGCCUUUUGCUCCUGCUCUGCUUCUGCUGCGUCGCUCGAGGCCUCUGGAACGCCCUCUUCGGCGGCGCCGACAAGAAGGAGGAGAGGCGGGAGCGCGUCGAGGUGACCGAGGAGCGGUACUCGCGCCACGGAAGCCGCGUGCCCUCGGCCUACUCGCGUAGGGACCGUCACAGCGGCUGGGUCGGCAGUAGCAGCCGUCCUUCGUCCGCGGGCUACCGCCGGGAGAAGAAAUCCGACGGCAAGUGGUGGCUUGGCCUCGCCGGCGUCGCCGCCACGCUCCUCGCCCUCCUGAAUCUCAAGUCGGACAAGAAGAAGCCUGCUCGGAAGGACAUGUCCUCGCGCUACAGCGACUCGUACCUCUCCUACACCGACGUUACCAGUCCCAGUAAGUCCUCGCCCACGAUCCAGCGAACCGUGCAAGCCUGA